CCCACCAUUCCCCGCGUUCUUCCGUCUCCCCUUCCUUUGUCUCUUCCUCUCUUCCUCCUCCUUCCUCUCCCCGCCUCCCGUCCCCCCGUUCUGUCCAUUCUCCUCUUUGCUUCCCCACCUCUCCAUUCUUUCCUCUGCGAUCGCCCCCCCUGUAGACCCACCGCGCCCUACAGCUGCGCGCGGCCGCGUCCGGCGUGUGCACCCCCCCGUUGUUGCAGGCCCACAAAUCUCGCCUUCGGGCUCCUCUCGUCCGUCCGGCCCGCCGCGCCGCCGGGUGGGCGCGCCCCCGGCCGCCGGCCGCCCCCCGAUGCAGCCAGGCGUGCAGGGCAGGUACCCGUCUGCCGGUAAUGCGGGCGUGCUGGACUUCACGCGCUUCGGGGGGCCGCCGCCGGCGGGCUCCGUCCAGGGCAGGCCCAUGGGCUUCCCGCAGCCCGGCUUCCUCGAGGAGGCAGGGUACGCCGCGCCGCUCGGCGGGGACGAGGACUGGGCGGGCGCGAGCCAGGCGGCGCCC